AUGUCUCUCAAUCUUUCUGAGAAUGGAAGUACAUGUCUCUCUCCGUCUUUCUCUCUCUCUCGCACUCUCUGGGCUGCCGUUCCCUCGACUCUGCUUAGCUGCCGACGGGAGAAGCUGGCGUCGGCGUUCCAAACCGUCCGGAACCUGCCUGCGCCAUGCUAUGCCACCUACGAGGAUGCCGCCAUCCCGUGGCCAUGCCGCAGCCUGUCCCGUGUCUGCCCUGUCUUGCGGCGUGCCUAUCACUCAACUGUUAUUACAGACGUGUCUUUGGAUGAAGAGAAGCGAAUGGGACAACGCUGCUCAACGUGCAGGGUUCUUUUGCUCUCGUUUAUCAUGGCACAUACGGGAUAUCCGUCGCGUACGGAGCUACAAGUGUCCAUACACUAUGCCCGUACUGACCAGCUCCAAUCUUGCAUCAACACGGCGGGCCGGCCCCCCCAUGCUACCGUGUCCCCUCCAACCAUGCUCGAGUUCUAUGUCAUCAGUCGCGAACCGACGCCGUCCACGCCCUCUCACUGGACACAGCCCACCCAUCUCGUUUUCCUUUGCUUUCUUUUUGCGCGCUCAUCUUUGCUGCACGUAAUCAAGAGGGACGUGUUGGGGGAGAUGGAAGGGGCACGCCAAUUAUGCCUCGGCCGAAACGAACCCUUCUUUCUCUGCCUUUACCCUUUCCUGCCGCCUUUCCUGGGCUUCCUCUACCCGUACGGAGUUAUGUACUCUCCAGGGCAGGUUGUAUUAGCUCCAAGAAGUUGCAGCAUCCUCCCCCUGCCCAUCACAUAUCCUCAAUCUCUGCCCGCCUCCGCCGCCCCUGCCCCGAUUCCAUCCAUUGAGGAAGAAUCAAAUGCCAUGCAGAUACGUCGCCCCUCCCCUCAUUCCCCAUCCGCGGACCGCAGCACCGCAGGUAUCGCACGUCAGUUCCUCGAGGAGGAGUCCACAGCCUUAGGUAGGUACUCGCGGUACUAUGUAUGUACGGAGUACCUACAGGCAAUAGGGAGCUUGGGUACGAACUACGACGUAGGUACCGUAGCUCCAGUGCUCCACAAGGGACCAAACCUAAUCAACGAUGGCGCUGCUUCCAUCCAUCUUCCAUACAUUCCAGACCUCGUCUUAGGUUACAAUGCGUGGUCCACUCCCCCAACCUGGCGAAGUGAGAGCCUCAAGUGGUUAACCCAGGGUCUCAUCCACCCAAAUGCAGCGACGGUAGCAUCACCUCUCCCGCACACAAUCUCUCUUUUGCUGCUCAUCGUCUCACCUCACUCGCCUCUCUCUCUCUUAUCGGCCCACCCCCUCCCCCCCGAAUAUUCCGGCUUCCCGUCCACUAACAAACUUUGCCCGUUUUCUCUGCACUAA